AUGUCUCGCUCGGCGCUGACUCGGCAUGCGCUACAAAAGUCUCUACGUGGACAGAACGUACAAGAUCAUCCACCCGAAGAGACGGAGCGCCGUGUUAAACAGGAUGAGCUCGCCAUCUAUGGGAACGAUACGACGUACAAUCUAAAUACGCUGCUGCAUCAGAACAUCCUACAGUCUGCUUACUUUCAUGAACUCUACAAGUUUCGAACCUAUCAUGAAGUCGUGGACGAGAUUUACUAUCGAGUAGACCAUGCCGAGCCAUGGUCUCCAGGCACGGCACGUCUUCCAUCGAGCUGCUUUUGUCUACUGCAUAAAUUCUUUCUCAUGCGUCUUACGAUCAAGCAAAUGCAGGGAUUGCUACGGCAUACGGACUCUCCAUACAUUCGUGUGAUUGGCUUUUUAUACCUUCGGUUCACAUGCGACCCCGAAGAACUCUGGACGUGGUUUGAGCCAUACCUGGAAGAUUUGGAAGAGUUUAAUGCAUCAGCAAACCCGAGCUUAAAAACAACAAUUGGAGAGUGGCUUGUUAAACUGCUGGAAGAGAACAAUUAUUUUGGCACGAUUCUGCCGCGUAUCCCGAAGAAAAUCGAGGAUGGGAUCAAAGUCAAGCUUUUAUUGUUUUCCCGUAAAAAGGAACGCGCUAAAGAAAACCUGGCGAUCGUUGAUCGUCUGCUGCCUGGGACAAAAAUUCGCGCAAUGUAUGCUGACGAAGAAAACGAACCUGCGAUGUAUGAUGCGGUAAUCGAUUCGGUGGAUGAAGGCAAUCAGUUCUGGGUCUCGUUCCCAGCCUAUGGAAAUACGGAAAAAGUUAGCCUUGGCGAUAUUGAAUUUAGCAAGAGCAAACAACGCCGUGGACGCUCACUCUCUCGUUCUCGAUCAGUCGGGCGGUCUCGUUCGCGUUCGCGAGGGCGUGACAGAGGCCGAGAUGGAUACCAUCGCCGAAACCAAAGUCGAGAUCGUGACAGUCGAGACAGCGACCGGCGCCGUGGUAGUCGUCGUGAUAGCUCAAGGUCGCGCACACGCCUUCGAUCCCAGAGCAGGUCGCGAUCCACUUCUAGGGAUCGCCGUCGCAAUCGCAGCCGUAGUCGCACUACCAGCUACUUACAAAGCAAGACUGGCGCUAGUGAUAUUACAGGGGACUUGCUACAGCAAGUGCGAGAGCGAGAACGGCGCAAGGCUGAGGCUGUUGGGCGUGAUUACGCAUCGCGACCAGCUAGCUAUAAGGGCUCACUAUCCCUGAAGCUGGAUCGCUGGACGACUAGGAAGCGCUCACGCAGCCCAGCAAAACGAGGCGAAGUGGUUGUAGUUCAGCCAGGAAUGUCUAAGGGUGACCCCCGUAGUAACUCGUCGUCUCCACAGAAAUCCCGCGAGACUGAGGAACGCCUGCAAAAGCUUCGCGAAAUGUACGGCGAUGCCUCUUCGAAGAACAACGAUGAAUAG